AGAAAACCUACGAGGAAAAGUAAUCUGAACGAUGGCAGCCUCCAAAGCAGUGUCUGUUCUUGCCCCAAAUGGAAGGAGGCAAAUUGUGAAAGUGUCGCCUAAUACACCUCUUUUGAAGGUUCUAGAGGAGGUUUGCAUGAAACAUGGAUUUGAUCCGGAUGACCACGGAUUGAGGUUUCAAAGGAACUUGCUGGAUCUAUCUCUGCAAUGGCGCUUUGCCAGUCUGCCAAAUAAUGCCAAGCUGGAAGUAGUGCCAAGUAAUAGGCGCCAGACAGCGACAGAUAACACAGUACUAAUAGCUGUGCAGCUGGAGGAUGGUAACCGUCUGCAAGGUGCAUUCAACUGUGGGCAAAGCCUAUGGGAAUUACUGAGCCACUUUCCUGAAUUAAGCAUUUCUGAUGAAGAUGAGGACUCCACACCUACAUGUGUGUACAUGAGAGAUGAGAUCACUGGACAACAAACCUUACAGAGUACCACUCUGAAGUCUCUGGGGUUGACUGGAGGCAGUGCCAUUAUCAGAUAUUUGUUGAAAAAGCCCAAGAGAACAGAAGAUGGGAAUUCCAACGAGGCGGCUGUCUUUCCAACAGAUGGAGUCACCGUGAAAUCUUCAGAACACGUCGCUAGUCAGGUUAUACCUCCUCAGCCAUCAGGAGACAAUGUGACUGAUAAUAUGGCAGAAGAGACUUCAUCCUCUCCCUCUCCAUCUAUGGAAACAUGUGUACCUGCCAACUUGUGUCACGUCCAGGCAAGAAAGGAUGAAAUGUCAUCUGGAUUCGACUCUCAGGCCCUGAGAUCUAGAAAUCAGGCGGAGGAAGAGGAAAAGGAAACGCAAAAGGAACAAGACUUAAAGAAAAUACCGGAAACUGAACAACACAAAGAUGAGCCCAGCUCUUCCAGAGUGUGCCAGAUUUCAAACCAGACCCCUCCACGCAGUACUUUUGUGCCUUUCUCAGGGGGAGGCCAGUGUCUGGGUGGUACCGGCAUCAGUAACAGGAGUGUUUCAUCAUCAUCAUCCCUGACAGUGGGUCCUCCUGAUGCCAAGAAACCCAAAUCGAGCCAUGAAAUAAAGAAUCUAGCUUGUGUCAAAACCAGUGAUGGACAGGGGUUCGGCAGGCAAGAUACAGACAUAGAGGACCCUACAGAGGACGUAGAUAGAAAAUAUUUGGUCUACCACAUGGAUGCUGGAGCACAUGCUGACGCUGAUCAGGACCUGCCAGACGAGUUCUUUGAAGUCACAGUGGAUGAUGUAAGGAAGCGUUUUGCCCAGCUGAAGAGUCAGAGGAGAUUGCUGGAGGAAGCCCCUCUUAUGACACAAGCCCUAAGAGAGGCAAGGAUGAAGGAGAAGGUGGAGAGAUACCCUUUUGUAGUUCUUAGAGUCCAGUUUCCAGAUCGUUAUGUUUUACAGGGAUUCUUCAGGCCCCAGGAGAAGGUCGCUGCUGUGAGAGAAUUUGUUAAGACACGUCUAGAGAAUCCAAACAUCAGCUUCUACUUGUUCAUUACUCCCCCUAAGUCCAUUCUGGAGGACUCUACUACACUUUUUGAGGCAAACCUCUUCCCAGCUGCUCUCAUAUACUUUGGCUCAGAUGUCAAGACAGAUUGUUUCUUACGGAGAGAAAUUUUGGAAUCAAGUGUCAGUGCUCAACAAGCAGAUGAACUCAUAGCUGGUUGCAUCUCCAAGUCUUCAGUACCAUCUUCAGGCUCGCUAACCUCUCAAGACUCCUGUCCUCUGCCUGCAAUGUCCAGUGCAGCCACCAGUGAUCAGGAAGCUGAGCUCCUUCCACAGGCACCAAAGCCAGUCGUGACUGAUCCCGCCAAAGUGCCAAAGUGGCUCAAGCUCCCAGGUAAAAAAUAAACUCCUCAACUAUGGUCCCCAACUGAAGAUGUUUGAAGAAAAGGACAUUUAGUCUAAUUCCAGUCAAAUUACCAAAUUCCCGGUCAUGAAUUUUGUGCCAUUGCAUCUCACAGGCCACCAAGAUUCAGAAAUGUAUUGGCAUGAUGAAUAAAAAAUAAUCUUGGCAGUUGAA